AUGGUCACAACGAGGCUAACUAUGAUAGAUGCACAUGAAUACAUCUGUACUGUGAAGGAUACAUUUCAGGACAAUCGUGAAAUGUAUGAUACAUUUCUGAUGGUCAUGAAGGACUUCAGAACUACUAGGCAACGUUACAAGAAGAGUGCUGAUGAGGUCUACCAUGAGGUGUGUGAUGGCCUUUUCCGAGACCAACCUGAGUUACGUGUGGAAUUUGCUUACUUUCUCCCUCGUCGUGAAAUGGGGUGGAAGUGCAAUUUGAAUAAACUGGGAUAA